UUUAGAUCCCAUUUCCAAUAUUUUCAGUGUCACUCGCAAAAAUAUUGAAAAUGGCUGAUAGUUUAUGGGGAUGGUACUGGGUUCCAACCAUUCAGAGGCAUAAAAUUUCCGAAGCAGCUCUAAUUUCCAUAUCAGCUACAAUAAUUACACUCCUCUAGUUAUCGCGGAAUCUCAAGAAAUCAAAGAUCCCUCCAUUGCCUCCAGGCCCCCGGGGCUUGCCAGUAAUUGGAUACCUUCCAUUUCUGGGCACUUUCCUCCACAAAAAGUUCACAGAAUUAGCUCAAGUGUACGGCCCUAUCUACAAACUCUGGCUUGGGAAUAAAUUACACGUAGUUAUAAGCUCGCCAUCACUAGCCAAAGAAGUGUUUCGGGACAAAGAUAAGAUUUUUGCCAAUAGAGAUCCGCCGAUGGCUGCAAAGGUUAUCACCUCACCUAAAAAAAUUUUCUUCUUCCUUUUCAACUGUGUGGUUAGAUAGAGCAACGUUUGUAUAUCGAUGGUGUUGAAGAAGAUAAGAGCAAGAUGAGGAAGAAAGACUUCUUGCAGAUUCUUUUGGAUUUUAACAAGAAUGGAGAUUCUGAAACAUCUAUCACUACCGAUCAACUCAAAGCUGUGCUAUUAGACAUUAUGGUGGGUGGCACUGACACAUCAUCGACCAUGCUAGAAUGGGCAAUGGCAGAGAUAAUGCUACAUCAAGAAGUAAUGAAGAAAGUCUAUCAAGAAUUAGAUGAAGUCGUUGGAAUUAACAACACUGUAGAAGAUUCCCAUUUGCACAAGUUGAAAUAUUUAGAUGCUGUCCUCAAGGAGACAUUACGUUUGCACCCUGCACUUCCUCUGUUACUGCCUCAUGUUUCAAGUCAAUCAACUACAUUAGGUGGCUAUACCAUACCCAAGGGUACUGCUGUUUUUGUCAAUGUUUAUGCUAUCCAUAGGGAUCCCCUUUUUUGGGACAAUCCCUUGGAAUUUAUACCUGAGAGGUUCUUAAUUAGUGAAUCUAGCAAAUUUGAUUAUUCUGGCAACAAUUUUCAGUACUUACCACUUGGAUCAGGAAGGAGAGUUUGUGCAGGAAUUCCAUUAGCAGAACGGAUGGUUAUGUACGUUUUGGCUUCAUUCUUGCAUUCAUUUGAAUGGAAAUUACCACAAGGUACUGAACUGGAAUUAUCAGACAAAUUUGGUAUAGUCGUCAAGAAAAUGAAGCCCUUAAUUCUUGUACCUAAACCUAGGCUCUCUAAUGUAGACCUGUACUAGAGAGAAAGAUUUAUCUAUAUUCCCUUUCUGUUUAUGUUUAUGUUCAUGUGUGAGUAAUUGUCUGCCACUUGCAAUAGAAAUUUCUUAUCUAUCUACUAUGUAUAAAAGGAAGAAAUGCCCGUCACUUUUCAUUAA